GCACGACGAAGAAUGUCAUUACCAGGGAUGAUGCAACCGCCUAUUAUAUUAUUAAGAGAUGGCACAGACAGCUCGCAAGGUAAAGGACAGCUGUUAUCUAAUAUAGGAGCCUGUCUAGCAGUUGUAGACUGUGUAGCAUCCACUUUGGGUCCACGUGGUAUGGAUAAACUCAUAGUAAGCAACAGAGGAGAGGCUACGAUAUCAAACGAUGGUGCAACUAUUUUAAAGCUUUUAGAGAUCGUACAUCCAGCAGCUAAGUCUUUGGUUGAUAUCGCCAGAGCUCAGGACGCAGAAGUCGGUGACGGUACAACUUCAGUCACUCUUUUAGCUGGUGAAAUGCUCCGUGAAUGCAAAUCAUUCAUUGAAGAAGGUGUAAACCCAUAUAUCGUUAUCAAAGGUUACAGAAAAGCUACUCAAGUCGCACUCGAAGAAAUUAAAAAACUCGCUAUACCAAUUGACAAAUCAAACCCAGAGAAGUUCAGAGAACAUCUCUUGAAAUGCGCUGCUACUUCAAUGUCUAGCAAACUUAUACAAAAUGACAAACCAUUCUUUACCAAUAUGGCUGUAGAUGCUGUUAUGUGUCUCAACCAAGAUGACCUUAAUGAAGAACUUAUCGGUGUGAAGCGCGUUCCAGGUGGUGGUAUGCAAGACUCACUUCUUAUCAAUGGUGUCGCAUUUAAGAAAACAUUUUCAUACGCAGGUUUCGAACAGCAACCAAAAUCUUUCACCAACCCUUCAGUACUGUGUCUCAACGUUGAACUUGAAUUAAAAGCAGAGAAGGAUAAUGCUGAAGUACGCGUAGAGGAUGUUAACGAAUACCAAAAGAUUGUUGAUGCAGAGUGGGAUAUCAUUUACCAAAAGCUUGAUGCUAUUGUAAAGACAGGCGCAAAAGUCGUUCUCUCUAAGCUCCCAAUUGGUGAUCUUGCAACUCAAUACUUCGCAGACAGAGAUAUUUUCUGUGCAGGUCGUGUCGCAUCUGACGAUAUGAAACGUGUUGUACAAGCACUUGGUGGUGCCAUUCAAUCAACAGUAACAGAUAUUGAUCCAUCAAAACAUCUCGGUCAUUGUGGUAAAUUUGAAGAAAGACAAAUUGGUUCAGAACGUUUCAACAUUUUCACUGAAUGUCCUGCAUCACAAACAUGUACUAUCAUUCUUCGUGGUGGUGCAGAACAAUUCAUCGCAGAAGUUGAAAGGUCACUCCAUGAUGCAAUUAUGAUUGUUAGAAGAACAAUAAAGCAUUCAACAAUUGUAGGUGGUGGUGGUGCUAUUGAAAUGGAACUUUCAAAGAGAUUAAGGGAUGUUUCAAAAUCAAUACAAGGAAAGCAACAAUUAAUCAUUUCAGCAUUCGCCAAAUCACUUGAAGGUAUACCACGUCAAUUAUGUGAUAAUGCAGGUUUUGACGCUACUGAUCUUCUCAACAAAUUACGUAUGCAACAUGCAAAGGGUGACCUUUGGGCAGGUGUUGAUAUUGAAAAUGAAGGUGUUGGAAAUAGUGUAGAAUUGUUCAUUUGGGAACCUGCACUUGUUAAAAUGAACGCAAUUGCAAGUGCAUCAGAAGCAGCAUGCUUAGUUUUAUCUGUUGACGAAACGAUUCGUAACCCUCAAUCUGAAGCACCAAACCCAAGUGCACCAAUUGAUAGACAAACAGCGCAAUCAGCAAUGAGAGGUAGAGGUGGUAUGAGAGGUGGUAGAGGUAGAGGCAGAAGAAUGUAAUAAAUAAUAAAAUAACAUUUAUAAUAUACA